GAGCGCGCUGCCAAGGAGAAGCCGGCUUAGGUCGACACGAUCCUGAGGGCGCUCAAGGAGCAGCGACGAGCCUAGGAGCUGCCUGGAGUCCGGCACAGCUACCCCUCGCUCAGUCCAAGGACAGGCUAAAGUUCGACACAAAGAGACCCAGGGUCGGGCUUUUCCUCGAAAGCCUCCGCCCUGCCCUUGGCUUCCGAGGACAGACAAAGACCUCCCGAGGGACGGGCACGCUGGGGGCGCUGAGGCCGGCCAUGGUCAUGGAGGUGGGCAUCCUGGACGCCGGAGGUCUGCGGACGCUGCUGCGGGAGCGCGCGGCGCAGUGCCUGCUGCUGGACUGCCGCUCCUUCUUCGCGUUCAACGCCGGCCACAUCGCCGGCUCCGUUAACGUUCGCUUCAGCACCAUCGUGCGCACCCGGGAGGGGGGCGCCUCGCCUGGACCUGAGCCUCUCGGAUGUAAUCCCCCAGCCCCUGGUGGGUGGAGGAGUGGCCUCAAGGUGCUCAGUUCCGCUGGUGGUAACGGAAAAAAAAAAUGUGUCUUUGUAUUCCCAGGAGGAUAUGAAGCGUUUUCGGCUUCCUGCCCGGAGCUCUGCAGCAAACAGUCGACCCCCAUGGGGCUUAGCCUCCCUUUGAGUACUAGUGUUCCUGACAGCGCAGAAUCUGGAUGCAGUUCCUGCAGCACCCCUCUGUAUGAUCAGGGUGGCCCAGUGGAGAUCUUGCCCUUUUUGUACCUGGGCAGUGCCUAUCAUGCUUCCCGAAAGGACAUGCUGGAUGCCUUGGGCAUCACCGCUUUGAUCAAUGUCUCAGCAAAUUGUCCUAACCAUUUUGAGGGUCACUACCAAUACAAGAGCAUCCCUGUGGAGGACAAUCACAAGGCGGACAUCAGCUCCUGGUUCAACGAAGCGAUCGACUUCAUAGAUUCCAUCAAGAAUGCUGGAGGAAGGGUAUUUGUCCACUGCCAGGCAGGCAUCUCCCGGUCAGCUACCAUCUGCCUUGCUUACCUCAUGAGGACUAACCGAGUGAAGCUGGACGAGGCCUUUGAGUUUGUGAAGCAGAGGCGGAGCAUCAUCUCCCCUAACUUCAGCUUCAUGGGUCAGCUGCUACAGUUUGAGUCCCAGGUGCUGGCCCCUCACUGCUCGGCUGAGGCUGGGAGCCCUGCCAUGGCUGUGCUGGACCGAGGCACCUCCACUACCACCGUUUUCAACUUCCCCGUUUCUAUCCCUGUCCACCCUGCCAACAGUGCGCUGAGCUACCUUCAGAGCCCCAUCACGACCUCUCCCAGCUGCUGAAAGGCCAUGGGAGGUGAGGAUCUUCCCAGCCCGCUGGACUCCAAAGCUCCUUGAGAGGGCAAAUGCAAUAACUCCAGACAAGGAACUCAUGAGGACUGGUCCUUAUUUAUUUAAUUUCACCCGAGUUCCACUGGGUUCCCAAGCACUCAUAUUGAUGACCUAGCAUCAGGACAUUUGCUGAACUCACUCAGCACAUGUGGGACCAAUAUAUAGUGGGUACAUCAAGUCCCUCUGACAAAACGGGCGGAAGAGAAAGGACUGAGCUGGUUUCUUUUCACUUGCCCCUGUUUUUUCUAGAAACUUUUCAUGCUUGACAUACCUACCAGUAUUACCAUUCCCGAUUGACAUAUACAUAUGAGAAUAUACCUUAUUUAUUUUUGUGUAGGUGUUCUGCCUUCACAAACUACAGUAUCUACUCCUAGGAGAACCAAAUACCUCAAUUUUUGUGUUUGAGUACUGUACUAUCUU